AUGCAUCUAUCUGGCACUGUAGAAGAGAAACUCCAGAUUCCAAAUAUAUGUUUUGAUAAGGCUGUGGCAAUUUGCUUCCUGACAGUUUCAAAGUUUGAGCUUCAUGCAGGAAGCAAAUUGCCACUGCCUUAUCAAAAUAUAUAUUUGGAAUCUGGAGUUUCUCGUCUACAGUGCCAGAUAGAUGCAUGGAAUAGACAAGAGCAUUCUGAAAAAAUUGGUUUCCAUUCUGUUGAUAUUGAUGGAGAUGAUCCAAAUGAUGAUACUUGUGGUAUAUGUGGAGAUGGAGGGGAUUUAAUCUGUUGUGAUGGUUGUCCGUCAACAUUUCAUCAGAGAUGCUUGGAUAUACAGAUGCUUCCUCCCGGUGAAUGGCAUUGUCCGAAUUGUACCUGUAAAUUUUGUGGCAUAGCCAGUGGAACUUCUGACAAAGAUGAAGCAACUGUAUCAUGACUCUUGCACUAAGGAGAUUGAUACCCUUCCUGAUAACUUUAAUACAUCAAGCCUUUCUUUUUGUGGGAAAGAAUGCAAAGAGGUACCUCUUACAGUUUCUUCU